CAAAGAUGCUUCCCUUUCCUCUUCCUCUCCCUCAGAAUUGAUCUCAAUAUGCCAAGCACGCUGCCUCUUUUGAGAGGCACAAUCUCGUUAGACCGAGCCCUCAGCGAUGAUGACAAUAUCCUCUCUCUAAUCGGAUAUCCACGACGACGACAGGAGUUCUUUAGCUACUUAACCGCCCACAAGGCCGAGAUCGAGGCUCUGGUCUCAUUCCAUCUCGGAGUAGAGAGGUGUCGAGCUUCUGAUUCAGAGACGUGGUUAUGCGGUAGCUUCAAUGUGUGCAUACCUGUCUUCAUCAGUCCGCCCUCUGCUGUGCGCUCGGUGCUCGUCCGCAUUCCAUUGCCCUACAAAGUUGGAGAAGCAAGCUGUCCAGGAAAUGUGGACGAGAAGCUGCGUUGCGAAGUGGCUUCAUAUCUCUGGAUUCAGGAAAACUGUCCAGACGUUUCGAUACCCUUUCUAUUUGGCUUUGGGUUUCCUGAUGGCCCGUCGUUCACAGCUCCAGAACUUACACCCCUCCUCGCCCGGUUGAAGUGGGGUUCAAGACGAACGCUGCUUUCGUGGCUUCGAUUCCCUGUUCCGUGCCGAUAUAUCGACCGAAAUCGUCGAGAUACUCUAAAGACAGGCUACAUGAUUAUAAGCCGUGUUUCGCAGGGAGAGAUGCUCUCCGACUCCUGGGAGGUUUUCCGGCACGAUAAGGCGCAUCGUUCUAACCUCUUUCACGAUCUAGCUCGGAUCGUCCUUUCCCUAAACCGAUCUCCUUUAGGGUCUAUCGGAUCUUUAACUGUGAACAAUCAAGGGAUCACUACCUUGACCAAUCGUCCUUUAACCCUCCAGCUUCAAUCCUUAGAGAAUGAAGGCGUGCCUAGUGCUAUACCAAGAGACUACACUUAUACAACAGUAGAACCUUAUCUCCUUGAUCUCUUAGCCUGUCACGACAAUCGCAUUUUCUACCAACCGAAUUCUAUCCACGACCAGGAUGAUGGGCAGCAACAACUCGCAGCCUUGACGAUAAUGCGCGCAACCCUUCCUCAAUUUGCCCAGCGCGAGUACCGUCACGGGCCGUUCGUCUUCACCCUUACCGAUCUCCAUCAGAGUAAUAUCUUUGUCGACUCUGAAUGGCACAUCACCUCUCUCAUCGACCUCGAAUGGGCUUGUUCCCUGCCCAUCCAACUCCAAUCACCCCCGUACUGGCUUUCUGGGAGGGGAAUCGAUCAGUUAGAGCAUGGCGAGCAUCUCGAGACUUACUCACACCUCGUCAGCGAAUAUAUUGACGCCUUCGCCGCCGAAGAGCGACAACUCGAAACAUCCAUUCAAAAGAGACACUCCACCAAUCAGUCCUCCAUUAUGAAAAAGUGCUGGGAGACGGGGAGCUUCUGGUAUUUUCAAGCUCUCAACACACCGAAAGGUUUAUUCCGCGUUUUCAACGAGCAUAUCCAACGAAGAUUCUGUGCCGAACACAGCGAGAUGCUAAUUUUCGACCAGGUCGUUUCGCCGUAUUGGGGAAUUGGUACGGCGGACAUUAUUGAGAGAAAGAUUAGGGAGGAGGAGAGGUAUAAGGAGCGCUUGAGAGAGGCAUUUGCUGAGGAGUCGCCGAAAGGUGGGAUUUGAAGGAGUGGUUGAGCGAGGGGGUCCAGCAAGGGCAAUCCCGCGCCAGUCGCAAAAGUAAGAAAACGUUCACCUACCACCUACCUACCGAGGUAUUAGAGACAUCUACCGCGCUAGCCAGAGCCAAAUCUCUCCGAGUUCGAGAAUCAGAACCCUGAGGCACGGCAUGAAAUACAUACUGCUGAGAUGGAUUGAUCGGGGAAGAUAUGGUGUGUGGGUAUUAGACCGGGUAUAGGAUAUCUACCUACCUUACCUACCCUACCUACCUACCCUACCCUGCCUACCCUUAGUAGGUACCUUAAGGUAGGUACUAUGGUCCAUGAAAGCUGUCUGCCUGCCUACCUAUCUAUUCCUCCUAGGUAGUAUAUAUUUAUUCCUCAUUUCAGUACCUUAGGUAUUUCUGCAGGAACAUAAGACUAAAAAG